AUGGCUGCUAGCGAAGACGAAAACAUUGUGACGACAGCCACAUCAUCCACAAAGCUGACGGGACGCCGGCGAAUUACCAAGCAACCACCCCUCGAGAAGGGCAAGCCGAAAGACCCCGCCUCCUUCAUCAACGUGGAAGGCCCCGAAGCCACAAUCGCGGCAUACUGUAAUAUCGAUGACGUCGGCCGGUUCAGGAAAUUCUAUACCAGCCCGCUGGUCAUGCCUUACUACCUCAAAGCGAUGGAGUAUAAGGGCCACCACCGCCGCACGGUGCUGUCGUUACUAGAAGAUCUUCCUUAUGACCAGUACUGGAGCAGUGACGACGACGCUCACGUUGUUUAUCCCGCUGGCGACACAAGUAUCCGGGCGAACAACCGCAACCAUGGACUUGGCCUAGUCCUUUGGCAAUGCUUACGCGCCAUUCGAAAAGGUCUUUCGGCUGAGACGCCCGCGAUUGACGUACAACAGUUCGUCAAGCUUACAAGUUGCAAACUGCCAACCACGACAACACCCCUAACGGCUGGAGAGGUGCCGUCGCUUGGUCCCUUCACUGCAGAAGUUGACAUCGAGCCAUUGAAUCGUGUGUUGUGUUUGUUCAGCCACAUGAAACACACUCUGUCCCCCUCGCAAUGGGAAAAGCGGUUCUUCGGCAAGUCUGAUUGGGAUGCUCCACGGAAGAUCACAAGCGAAUAUCAGCCCCCUUGGAUGCGCACACAUACCGAAAUCGAGGCAGAGGCGCCAGACGAGUCGUCUGGACCACCACCGGAAGUGCCCCUUGAGCUAAGAAUCCAGUGGAGAGCCGACUCCAAGCAAAAGCACAACAUCGCAUAUGUGAAGGAACUUCACGAGCAGGAAACUUUCGACGAGAUUCCAAAGAAUGUCGUUGUUACGGUCCUUCAGUCGAUGAGUGCGCCGGAAGUGCGGGACCGGAUCCGCCUUGCCUUCAGGCUUCACGACUACGAUGGUCAAUUGGAGUCGGUGACAUACCAGGAUGACGAGAACUCGUUUCCGACCCUUGAGACGGACUGGAAAAAGGCACUGGAGCUCCUUACGAAGAACCCGAAGGCUACCUUUACUUGUCUGCUGCGGCAACGUCACGACGGAGCCAAUGCUUGGGAGCACAGUGGACCGCCCGCUGUUUUGGCCACCUUCCUACAAAAUAAGCAUGGUCAAGUCGCACCAAGAUACAAACUAUCCGAAGAGCAGAAGGCCGAUGUACGCACUGCCAUUUUUCAGAUGACAGUGCACAAACUGGAAACUCCUUUCGAUCCCUUGAAGAUUUUCAACAACGACCUAGCACGAAUGGCGAAGGCCUACGGUGGUCAUGACGUCACUAAACCCGGAGGUAUGCUUACUUGGCAAACUGAUAUGAUUCUCCCGCUCGUCAACGUGCAACCUGUUGUUCACGUUGAAGAUACCAAGAUGAAGGCUUUUCGGAGGUUCAGUAAAGCUCAGCAGGCACUCCUCAGUGCAGCAGCUGAGGAUGGAGCUAUGCAAACGAUCGACAUGGAACAGCCUGAGGAAGAGGAAUACGAAGCAGCAAAAGCUCGCUACUACGCCUACCAGACCGCUAUGGGAGGGACUUCAACUUGCGUAGGGCCCCCGAUAGAGACAGCUGUACGGGCACUAGACAUGGUGCGCGAAGAUGAGGAAGGAGAGGAAGCGUACGCCUUCAAAGCAUUUACCACAGCGCAAGUGAAGCGGAGGCUACGACCGUUUCAGGUCAACGGCGCAUCGUGGUGCAUCAGUACCUUAUGGCCGGAAACUACUUCCGGUAAAAGCAGCGAUGCUAUAGCCGCCGGAUCCGAACUGAAGCGACUCAACUUGCCUGGUAUUAUCAUCGCAGAUCAAACUGGAAAUGGCAAAACGAUCCUCUCAUUAGCCGUCAUGACUGCAUGCCUUCGCCCGUGCGCGUUCGAAAGGGGUUCUGGGAGGGCCAUCUACAAGCCGAUCUUCAUCGCGGCCCCGCAGAACCUAAUACGUCAGUGGGCUAGAGAGAUCAAAUUCGAGUGGCCCUUAUUCGAGUUAGUCAUAUCGUAUGAUGACGGCCAAAUGGAGGCUGCUCUUGCAGAACAUGUGGUAUCUUCGUCAGCUGUACGAACUUGGAAGGAAGACACCACUCUUUGGCCCGAAAAUCUAGCGUAUAUGCUGGACCCUUUUGACGAACGAAAUUCGAGGACUAUAGUGCUGACCACGCCUGAGACAAACGCGGAACGGUCGCUGGUGAAGACCGAGAUCGAGCACCCACCUGUCUCUUACACUAAGCCCAAGUUUGACAGCGACGGCAAUGAGAUUUACUUUCAAAAAGCCAGAAUCGAGAAGCGGUAUCACUCUCGGUGGGAAAAGACGUUCUCGGUCGUGAUCGUCGACGAAGCCACCAAGAUAAAGAGCCCAGCAAGCAUGAGGCACAUUGCCAUCCAGCGACUGAAAGCCAACCGAUGGGUGUUCGUGACUGCCACACCCAUGAUUAACAAGGGAACCUGCAUCCUAGGGCCCAUGGCGAUCAUAUGGGAAACACUGAAAGAUCGCAUCUCGCAGCAAAACGAUACCGAAGAAACCAAAUGGUUCAGGGAACAGCUACCUGAUAUCUCUGUCUACAACAAAGCCAACGACCUCGAAGACGACGAUCCGCAUAGACUAGGGGUCCUCAACCCAUAUUCUGCGAAACUACUGCUCGAAUCAGAGAAUAUGCCCCUUGUAGCUACAUGCUUCCCGCUCAUCGAACAGCUGAUGGUGCUUCGUCGCACCACAGCCUCACGCAUUCCACGCGACCCGUCCCGAAAGGACUUUUACAGUCUCCGUGAUUUGAUUAAGCCUCAUCAUAUGCGGACACGUGUCCUCGCCCGACUGCCAGAGGAAGAAGCAGAGUUUGAAUGGCUUCACCGUGACGCAGCACAGCGAUAUCUCGAAGCAAAGUCGUCCGCCGACAAGACUACCGAAGAAGACCCCGGCUCAUCUCUGGUGGAUGAGAAACUCGUUUUCGGCACGGCGGAGAUGAGGGAGUUAGUCAUCAUCACUGGCUCGACUCAAGCAGCGAAAUUUAACCUCAUAUGCGGAGACUUGGAUUCCGAUACGCUCGUCAAGACCCUCGACGCGCACCGACUCCGUGGUUGGACGGCCUUUGACGUAACCAAAUUUAUGUGCAAAGCCAGUAACCAACGCGUCCCAACGACAGUAGCUGGAUACGCAGCUUUCAUGAUGGACGGCUCGCCCAUGCUGAGAGGUCUUGUUCACGAGGUCGUAACCCAUGUUAGAGACGGCAGACCCGGUAAGAUCUUAGUUACCGAGGACAGCCCUCUUCUCGCGUGGUGGUGGGAUCUCACGCUCAACCUCAUCGGCGUGAAAACCCUCACGUUUCACAGCGCCCUCUCUGCGGCCGAUAGAGACAACUUGAUUGAUCGCUUCAACUCUCCUAAGGAUGAUCUCCAAGUCAUGGUGCUUCCUUACCGCGUAGGAGCGCUAGGGAUAAACCUCCAACGUGACUGCUCCGACGUCAAGGUGAUGUCGUGUGCGGAGAACCAAGGAACAGAGACGCAGGCCACCAUGCGUCCGAUUAGGAUGAACUCUCCGAGGGAAGUAACGAUCACCAAGAUGUUUGUACAGAAUUCCCUCUGCGCAUAUCGAGAGUCCAAGAAAUCGGACAAAUAUAUUGUCGAGUUGGCCACACGAGCCCAAGAUCCAGAAAUCCGAGCGCUUGCAGUACAGGUGUUAAACGAGUAUCAUCUGGAAGUGCGAGCUGCCCAAGACGACCCUGAGAACCAAGAUUUGUUGCAAAUGCUUCUCCACGAGAGGACUGUUCGGGAACAGCAGCGCCGAGACGAGAAGGAAGCGCAAUCGGGCGCUCAAGCUGUAGCCGACCACAACCGCGACGUUGAUGCCGAAAACAUCAUCCAGCCUGGUACCAAGCGGGAGAGGAAACGACCCGAGCGUUUUGAGGAUCUGAAGUGGUCUGAAGGCGGUGCCAGGGUGGGCACGAUGACUGAAGCAGAGCGAGAGGCCCAAGAGGCGAUGCUGGCUGAGUUGGACCUUGACGAAAACGACUUCCCGUCUAGUUCCAGGUCUGGAAGAGACGACUGGGUUCACGAUCUCGACCUGGCGGACGUGGCGACCGACUCAGUCUUUCAAGUAUCAGACGAUGAAGAGGACGAAGAUACCGGCACCUGGCGGCCGAUCACAGAAAAACAGCGGGCUAGACUCGAAGCAAAGGCUGCAAGGCAAGCUCGGCCCGAAAUGACAGAAGCUGUCAGGCAGCUCGCUGAAAAGCUGCUCGAUGAUUACGACCGUGUUUACGGCGAGGACGACCUGAAGAAGGAUUACCUACUAACACGUGCUCUCCGGCUCAUUCACAGCAAGAAAACAGGGCUGCCGUUUGACUCUGUUCAAACCGUGCACAUAAAAUACACUCGCUUCAACGAUGAUAUCGCUCCACCCAUCGACAUCAAGAAGGCCGCACGGCCGAUGCUCGUACAUUUGCUGAGUGGCGGCCGGGAACAAGACUUCAAGGAGGAGAAGAAGAAGGGCAAGAAGAAGAGGCAGUCGGAGGGUCAGACACAGCCUGCAUCUAGCAAGCGGGUCGCUUCCGGUGGAAAGUGA